AUGUCCGACACGGAGGUACUCCAGAAGAGUAGUGGGUCACUGUCCACAUGGAGAUUGGUUCGCGACGCGCUCUCAACACUGGCGACUUUGCAGGAUAACGCCAACGAUACUAGCGGAAGUGACGCCGGACCAUCGCAUAGCGAAGACGCUGAGUCACUCACUGUACUCGGCGACACAUACAUCCAACGCUACAAGAACCUGGGAUCACCGGAAGAUCUCAACGACGCGAUUGCGGCAUAUACUCGCGCAUUGGAGGUCACACCCGAUGGGCAGCCUAAUAUGCGUAUACGAGUCAUUAACUAUGGCUCUGCAAUACAGUGCCGUUUUGUCAAAUGUGGCGAUGCUGCCUCGGCCUCAGACUUCGAGAUUGCUAUCUUUUCGUUUACCUUCGCGGCUGAAGUUACCCCGGACCACGAUCCCGAUAAAGCCCGGAUCCUAUCUCUUCUCGGUUCAUCCAUUCUGACCCGUCUGCAACACCUCCCUGGCAGUUUCAGGGUUGACGACGUUGAUGGCGCCGUCGCUGCACAUCGUCGAGCGGUAGAGCUCACCCCUGACGAUGAUCCUGAGCGGCCAUGUCGCUUCAGCCAACUAGGGCGUACCUUGACAUACCGCUACCAGCGCUUAUACUUCGAACAUGGCGCCGGCACUUAUCUUGAAGACGCUGUCGCCGCCCAUCGCCAGGCUGUCGAGCUCACGCACGAUGGACAUCGUGAGAAGACAUCGCGUCUAAGCGAGCUGGCGGGCGCGUUGAUCAAUCGAUUCCAGUAUACUCAUGACCCUGAGGAUCUUGAAGAUGCUCUUGGUUCUACCCUCCGUGCAAUCCUCAUCUCUCCCGAAGGACAUAUAGAAAGGCCAGUGUGGCAGUAUAACGUUGCUGAUUACAUUCACAUGCGCUUCAUGCACUCAGGGAAGCCCAAAGACCUCGAGGACGCAGUAGCUGAAAUUCGGAAAGCGCUCGAUAUCACGCCUGAAGAACACACGAUCAGGCCCUUAGAACUUCAUCGGCUGGGUGCACUCUUGCUGAACCUCUUUGAUAUACAUGGCCAUGCGACCGAUCUGGACGACUCAAUCGCUGCACACCACGAUGCAGUUCGGCUGACGCCCGACGGCGAUACGGAGAAGUUUCGGAGGCUCAGCUCUCUGGCCACAUCCGCAUUUCGACGGUACGAGCGCUUUGGCAACCCCGGAGAUCUCGAUACAGCCAUCACCGGGGCACAACGCGCUACUGAGCUUUUGACUCGUGCAUGGGAUCAAGCAUGGUUUCACGACAGCCUUGGCCAUUACGCAUGGACUCGUUGGGAGCGUGAAAGCAGAGAAGAGGAUCUCGAAACCGCCAUCAGUGCUUAUACUGAGGCUGUCAAGUACACGAUACAUGACGAUGCAGACAAGCCUCGGAAGCUGAGCAACUUGGCGCUGGCUCUUUCUUGUCGCUUUCAGCGAUACGGAAAGCUCGAGGACCUCGAAAAGCGUAUCGAGCAUGCGCGUCUGGCAGUGGAUCUCUCAAUUGACGGCGAUAUCAACAAACCAUGGAGGUUACUCGUACUAGGAGAUGCUUUGCAGAGCCGCUAUGAGCGUCUUUAUGAGCUGGGUGACCUUGAAGGGGCCAUCACAGCAUACCGUCGCGCAUCCGAGAGCAUCCCUGAUGAUCACUCAGACAAGCCCUUGUGGCUGAGCCGACUCGCUGUCUCUCUUGGAAGCCGUUUUGAAAGGCUUGGGUCUCCGGAGGACUUGCACACCUCGCUAGAGAUCGCUCAUUGUGUGGAUGCGCUUACACCGGACGAGCAUGCAUUCAAAACGCACGCACUGACCAGUCUCAGUAGCAGUCUUUCGAGGCGAUUUGAAUAUCUGGGCGACCCACAAGAUCUACAGGAUGCAAUCAUCGUACAACGUCGCGCCGUCGAUGCCACGCCUGACACUGAUCCCGCAAAGCCCGUGCGGUUGAGUACACUCGCCACCCUUUUGCAUCACCGAUCGGACUGCAUCGCCGAAUCAGGCAACGACCUUGUCGCUGCCCAAGCGUUACACGAGCGCGCGAUAGAGCUCAAUCCCGAUCAACACCCGGACAAUGCGUGGAUGUUUGAACGAUCCGCAGACUGCCUUCGCAGCCUCUUCGAGCGAGAGAAGACCCACGCCACCUUCGUUGCAGCUAUCAAACGUUAUGAUGAUGCGGCUGGUCAAACUCAGGGUCCCAUUUAUAGCCGCUUCCGAUCAGCGGAGGCUUGUGUCAACCUACUCUCCUCCUAUCCUGACUUCAGUUCACCAGAAUCAUUGCUAUCCGCAUAUUCUCGCAUCAUGCAUAUCCUCCCCGAUAUCAUCUGGUUUGGUCAUACAGUCAAGCGACGUCUCGAAGAAGUGGCUCGUAUGGGCGGACUCGCUGGUACCGCUGCUUCCGCCGCUACUGCGGUCGGCGAUGUCGCACAUGCUGUGGAAUGGCUGGAAGCAGGAAGAGCGCUCGUCUGGUCGCACAUCACGAACCUGAGCGCUCCCGCAGACGAGCUACGAGAGACUCGUCCUGAUCUCGCCGCGGCGGUAUCAGAUAUCCAAUACAGGCUUGCCGUGGCAGGGCUUGGCGUAGCAUUCGAGCGACCGCGGGAAACUUAUCCAAGUGAAGGCGAUAUCCAUCGCGCAAUCACUGUAACUCCCACUUCUGAAGGAGAUCGUUACCGUCGACUUGUGGUUGAAUACGAAGGCCUUGUAGGAGAGAUUCGCAAUUGUCCUGGCUUUGAGGACUUUCUGCGCCCGAAGGCGUUCGAAUCCCUCCAGUCUUCGUUGAAACACGCCGCCGGACCCGUGGUGUUUUUGAAUGUAUCAUCACUUUGCUGCAAUGCAGUGAUUGUAACAAGUCAGACGUCGAAGAUUAUACCACUUCCGUCGCUAACAGAGGAAAAUGCGCAGCUCCUCUGUGCACGUUGGUUAAAGGGUCUCCGUUCUUACGGAGUGCGUCAACGCGCCACCAAAUCGAGGGCUUUAGAUGCUGCUAGAGGCAAAGAUAGGAUCACGAUGCUCUCCCGUGGUGUACUGGAGCCGCUAUGGCGGUGGGCCAUACUCCCUGUUCUUGAUGCUUUGGGCAUAGUAACACAAUCCCCUUCGAAUGAAGAACUGCCGCAUAUCAUCUGGUGUCCUACAGGAGCACUCCUACAGCUACCUUUGCAUGCGGCAGGCUUAUACGUUGCACAUGAUCCAAUGAAGUCACAUUCAAGAACUUGUCUGCACGAUUUCGCCGUGUCGUCAUACACGCCAUCCCUGUCCGCUCUUGUCCGAUGUUUACGCGGUACAAGGAACGAAGUAGCGGUCCCCAGAGUUCUAGUUGUUGCCCAACCAGAUACAGGGCGAGGCCUUUCACCUCUUCCAUGCGUCACAGAAGAGAGCGACACCAUUCGCCGCAUCUUACCCGCUGAACCGAACCAUACAUUCCUUCAUCGCGACGAGGCUACGGUGCUAUCGACCUUCGACGUCGUCAACGAGCAUCCCUGGGUCCACUUUGCAUGCCACGGGUGUCAAAAUCCGGAUGAUCCGACUCUAAGUUCGUUCGAGCUGCACGACGGCCCGCUCACUCUCGCCAAUCUUAUGACCGACAGAACGGCCGAUGAAUCCGAGCUCGCCUUCUUAUCCGCGUGCCAAACGGCUACAGGCGACGAAAAGGUUCCAGAGGAGUCCAUGCAUCUAGCAGCUGGAAUGCUCGCUAUUGGGUUCAAAGGUGUCGUGGCGACGAUGUGGUCAAUCACGGACGAAGACGCCCCUGUGAUCGUUGAGGCGUACUAUACGAGAUUGCUCGAGCUGCGUGCGUCAGGAACUCUUGCGCAAGGAGAGACCGGAGCGGCACGCGCGCUACAUGAUGCGGUGGGGUGUUUGAGGGAGAGGAUCGGGGAGAGUGCGUUCGAGAGGUGGGCUCCGUUCAUUCACUUCGGGGCGUAA